AUGGACAAGGUGGAAGUCAUUAUGGUCAGUGUGGGAAUGAUUAUGGACAGGGUGGAAAUGAUUAUGGCCAGGGUGGAAGCCAUUAUGGGUGGGAAUGAUUAUAACCAGAGUGGGAAUGAUUAUGGACAGGGUGGAAGUGAUUAUGGUCAGGGUGGGAAUGAUUAUGGACAGGGUGGAAGUGAUUAUGGUCAGGGUGGGAAAGAUUAUAGCCAGGGUGGAAAUGAUUAUGGUCAGGGUGGGAAUGAUUAUGGCCAGGGUGGGAAUGGUUAUGGCCAGGGUGAGAAUGAUUAUGGACAGGGUGGAAGUGAUUAUGGUCAGGGUGGGAAUGAUUAUGGACAGGGUGGAAGUGAUUAUGGUCAGGGUGGGAAUGAUUAUGGUCAGAGUAGAAAUGAUUAUAGCCAGGGUGGAAAUGAUUAUAGCCAGGGUGGGAAUGAUUAUGGACAGGGUGGAAAUGAUUAUAGCCAGGGUGGGAAUGAUUAUGGACAGGGUGGAAUCCAUUAUGGUCAGGGUGGGAAUGAUUAUGGACAGGGUGGGAAUGAUUAUAGCCAGGGUGGGAAUGAUUAUGGCCAGGGUGGGAAUGAUUAUGGGCAAGGUGAUUAUGGACAGAGUGGGAAUGAUUAUGGACAGGGCGGAAGUGAUUAUGGUCAGGGUGGGAAUGAUUAUGGACAGGGUGGAAGUGAUUAUGGCCAGGGUGGGAACGAUUAUGGACAGGGUGGAAGUGAUUAUGGUCAGUGUGGGAAUGAUUAUGGACAGGGUGGGAAUGAUUAUGGACAGGGCGGAAGUGAUUAUGGUCAGGGUGGGAAUGAUUAUGGACAGGGUGGAAGUGAUUAUGGCCAGGGUGGGAACGAUUAUGGACAGGGUGGAAGUGAUUAUGGUCAGUGUGGGAAUGAUUAUGGACAGGGUGGAAAUGAUUAUAGCCAGGGUGGGAAUGAUUAUGGCCAGGGUGGGAUUGAUUAUGGCCAGGGUGGGAAUGAUUAUGGACAGGGCGGAAGUGAUUAUGGUCAGGGUGGGAAUGAUUAUGGACAGGGUGGAAGUGAUUAUGGUCAGGGUGGGAAUGAUUAUAGCCAGGGUGGAAAUGAUUAUGGUCAGGGUGGGAAUGGUUAUGGCCAGGGUGAGAAUGAUUAUGGACAGGGUGGAAGUGAUUAUGGUCAGGGUGGGAAUGAUUAUGGACAGGGUGGAAGUGAUUAUGGUCAGGGUGGGAAUGAUUAUGGUCAGAGUAGAAAUGAUUAUAGCCAGGGUGGAAAUGAUUAUAGCCAGGGUGGGAAUGAUUAUGGACAGGGUGGAAGUGAUUAUGGCCAGGGUGAGAAUGAUUAUGGACAGGGUGGAAAUGAUUAUAGCCAGGGUGGGAAUGAUUAUGGACAGGGUGGAAAUGAUUAUAGCCAGGGUGGGAAUGAUUAUGGACAGGGUGGAAUCCAUUAUGGUCAGGGUGGGAAUGAUUAUGGACAGGGUGGGAAUGAUUAUAGCCAGGGUGGGAAUGAUUAUGGCCAGGGUGGGAAUGAUUAUGGGCAAGGUGAUUAUGGACAGAGUGGGAAUGAUUAUGGCCAGGGUGGGAAUGAUUAUGGACAGGGCGGAAGUGAUUAUGGUCAGGGUGGGAAUGAUUAUGGACAGGGUGGAAGUGAUUAUGGCCAGGGUGGGAACGAUUAUGGACAGGGUGGAAGUGAUUAUGGUCAGUGUGGGAAUGAUUAUGGACAGGGUGGAAAUGAUUAUGGACAGGGUGGAAGUGAUUAUGGUCAGGGUGGGAAUGAUUAUAGCCAGGGUGGAAAUGAUUAUAGCCAGGGUGGGAAUGAUUAUGGCCAGGGUGGGAUUGAUUAUGGACAGGGUGGGAAUGAUUAUGGUGAAGGUGUAUGCUUUGCUAUAGUCCUUAAAAUAGAAAAAUAA